CCGCUGUAGAUGUUAUGGAGCUCCGCCACGCCCAUUGGAGUUGGACGUCAUUCAGCGGGUAAUCGGGUAUCCGCGGAUACCCGCCGGUCUCGCUCCACCGGAAAUGCAAGAGCCUUUCAAUGCUCGGCCAGCUCUUGUUCAAACGCAUGACCGCUUAAUCCGCUAUUGGCAGUACCUCAUGGAUGCGACUCCAAUCACACAGAAUCGUCGGUCUACACGCUCAUCUCUGGCUUGCUUGCCCUGUCGCUCCCGCCACGCAAAAUGCGAUGGGAAGCGGCCAUGUUGUGCCCGCUGUUCGGAGGUCGGCAACGAGUGUAGCUAUGCACCGUCACGGCGCGGGGGAUUAGAUCGCGCUGCCUUGGCCGAACGUCGUAAGCUACUGGCUUCAGCGGCGUACACUGAACCCAUUGAUCACCCGACUCUGCAACGAGGUAGAACAGUUCCUCCCGAGGAGUCUACCAUGCAGUUCCUCGCGGUGGAUGCUCGACCUGAGCCUGACGUGCUCAAUAUCGAUAGAGACAGCAACAUGGGCUUCGUCCUGCCGGCAGAGAACACAUUCCACCCGGGAAUGAUCGAAAAUGACCCAUUCAUCGACUCAUACUACAGGAAUUUUCACAUCUGUCAUCCGUUCGUCUUACCACGGAAACACCUGACAAAACUAUAUCAGGAUCCGGGUAGACAACAAGGCCUUGCACCACUAGUUGCCACUCUCCGCUUCAUCGGGAAUAUUUACAAUGCGCGAGAAUGGUCAAUUCCGCUCAAAGAUGAGAUCGAAACAUCCCUUUCAGCGUUGUCGCCGUCUGAUCCGAUCCGCGUCCAAUGCCAAAUGUUGUACUCCGUGGCCUUGUUCUGGUAUGACUGCAAGGCUGAGGCCAUGUCACAUAUGGACCGGGGAGUGAAACUCGCCGUUGAUCUGCAGAUGUUCCGGGCCGAAUUUGCGGCGUCCCAGGGAGCUGAUGACCGAGUACAGAGGGAAUCUUGGAGACGAACGUGGUGGAUGCUAUAUAUUCUGGACGCAUACUACGCGGGCACUCUGGGGACGAUGAAUCUCCGAGUUAUGGACAUUGACGUGACAGUAGAACUACCAUGCGACGAGUCAGACUAUGAGUCUGGGGAUAUUCCGACACCCAAAACCCCUGAGGAAUUUAAUCACCGCGAAUUUAUCCCCAGCAGUGUGCACUUCUCCUCCUUCGCAUAUCUUAUUGGCGCCGUGCAGUGCGCCGCCACCGCUAUAUCCAUAACCCCCAAAGUUGCCGCCGUGGAAGACUCGAUCCAUCUGAUUCAAGCGGUUGAUUGUAGCCUGGAGGGAUGGCGACUUUUAUUACCCCAGGAGCACAAACACGUCAUGAAUCAGGAUGGCGAAAUCGACGAACUCAUGUUCCAAGCGCAUCUGCUGAUCCAUGUAUCCACAAUCGGCCUCCACCGUCCACUAUCGGCCCUCAAAUUCAACGCCGUCGAGAAUGUAUCGAGCUGUGCCCGAGAACCGCCCUUGGACACGCCCACGCCCGAUCUGGUCAAUGUCCAUACCGUCCGGGUCCUACGGGCGGUGGAGGCCCAAAUCCGUCUUCUGGCCUUACCGCUCCGCCAAUUUCACCACACACCCUUCACCACAUGCAUGGUAAGCGAGGGGACACUAGCGCUCCUCUCCGCUUGCAGUGCUCUGCUCAAGGGGAGGGACCUAGCCAUCGCAAGAGAUCAGAUCCGAAUGACGCUCGGCUGUCUCAAGGCGCUGGGGGAAGUCUGGCCGAGGACGGCGAGGAAUGUACGCGAGAUCCAAACGAUUGCUCAGUGCGUGUUGAACCUUGGGCAAGUUUCUAGUAGUCAUAGUAUGACUGGAUCGAGUGAACUGCCGUCUCUCGGUACGGACGGGGUCAGUUUCGAUUCGCCCACCGGCGGUCUGUCCGCGGAUGAUAACGAUCUGCGUGCCUCCAUCGGAGCCAUUGAAGAUCUAUGUGGCUGGUAUAACCUUGGAGAACUGGAUCAUCCUCCGUGGGAGAUGAGCAAUGGAUUAUAAUCAUGCUGUUGGCUAUACCUGGGUUAUAUAGGAAUGACGCGAUUUGCGAGUAAAUUUGGCACUGAUAGACCAGCAAGAAUAUGUCAAACGAAUAUGUCAAACAGCAAGGAUGAUCUUUCCACGUGUAUAGGUAAAAGCUCCGAUUCGCAACAUCGUACCCCCGCCGCUGCCGGACGAGAUACACGCCCACCGCACCUGCAGCGCCGGUAAUCAGCAUGGUGAUCUUUCCUCGUCGCACACCUGGACGGGAAAUUCUCUACCAAUAGACUCCUGAGUGU